CGGGAUUCUUCAUAUCCCGCACGAGUCUCCCGGGACGACUGCAAAGAGAACGCCGCCCAAGGGGAGUCCGCCCCCAAUCAGGAACAACAAGUAGAGGAGGACGAGCGUGAUCGAGGUAAUGGCCGGAUGUGUCUCCAGCUACAGCGUGACGACAUCGAAGCAGCUCUCUCCCAGAAGGAUGCAGACGAUAAUGUUGCUCUGCAAUUGCAGCUGCAGGAGCUCAACCUCGUCGAAACUGCUCACAAUGAUCACACAAUCGCUCAGAGUGUUUCGCGCGCAGUCUUCAACGAUCGAGAAAUCUUGGCCGGCGAGAUCUUCGCUAAACAGCAGGCUACAAGGGACCGCGAGCUAGCCCAAGGACUUCCUUCAAGCGGCGACAUCCACGCGGGCGAGCAACCUGGUCCCGGCUCCGAUGAUGAGCAGGAACACGACCACUACGGACUCUCAAUCACCUGCGUGGCCUGCACAGAUCAGUUGCCUUGGUUUGAUAUCCUGGAGGCCUCCUGUGGUCAUCGCUACUGCGUCGAAUGUCUGACCGUCCUCUUCCGUGACUCAAUGGUUGAUGAGACAAUGUAUCCACCUCGCUGCUGUCGUCAGGCAAUUCCUCUGGAUGACGCCAAGCUUGUGCUUCACCCCAAGCUUGUCAGGGAUUUCGAGAAGAAGUCCAUCGAGCUCGACACCCAGGACAGGACCUACUGCUUUGAUCCUCGCUGUUCGGCAUUCAUCCCCACACAGCGUAUCGCCGAUGAUGUCGCUGGCUGUCUCGACUGCGGAAAGGGGACUUGCGCAACUUGCAAAGCUGCUGCUCAUCGCGGUGAUUGUCCUCGCGACGAAAACCUUCAGCAGCUCCUCCAGGCCGCUGCAGUUGCCCAUGCGGUGCCCAUUUCUGCUAUGUCUGCGGAGCUUCCUGGAUCCCACGAUCGUGUGACUGCCCUCAAUGGGACGAGAAUCGCCUUCAAGAAAGAGCCGAACAAAUCUUCGCCCGCGACCCUCGCUAUCGACUCUACAGACCCCCACCUGGUGCUU